AUGGGCGUCGAAGCUCACCAACGCCCACCACUGCCUGCACCUACCGAACCCACCGACGUCGACGACACCGAUGUAGCCACCAACGUCUCGCGCCGUACCGACCAGACCUCCUUUUCCAUCCCCGAAGACGGCACUCCCAUCACCAUCUCGACACAUAAGCUCACAUCCAAGGAAGGCCCACGCCUCCGCCACGGCCGCAACAAGUCCCAGACCUCGCUGUUGAUUGAAUACUUCGAAGCCACCAAGGGCGACAAAGCAAAGAACCGACCCAGCGUCCGUGUCAAGGUCACUCCUUCGGCCCAUCGCAAGUCGAAGAACUCGGAUUCGGUGCAGAUUACCGGCAUUGGUCGUGACAAGAAGCCUUCCUAUACACGCCGCAUCUCCCUGGGCACCAAAUCACCAGACAAGACAGCUCCAAUCGAGGCCACCGAGGUCAGCCACUCGUCCGAGAGCAACGUCUCAGCCCACCCUCCAGUCGAGGUCGAGAUUCUAAACAACAGCGACUUGUCAAGUCUGAAGCAAGGCCGAGAAUCUCGCGAAUUGCACUAUCUGCCUACCACCUCGGACGUGUCAUCAAUGCCUCCUGAUAGCUUACUCGAUCCUUCUCGCAUCUCGACUAUGAGCCAAGAUGUGUCCGAGGAUCCAAGUCGCAGCCACAGUCUCCUGGAUCUUCCUGUACAAGACCGAGCCCGCAGUGCUAGUCACGAGCGCAUCAAGCAAAAGGUCAUGGAGAAGUUGAUGCAACGCCAACCCGGAGCGCCUGUUGAGUAUGAACCCGACACCAAACCGACCAAAGAGCGUCGCCGUCGCUCCACCCGCUCUACACGCGAAGAUGAUCUUGCCAGCGCCGCUGAAUCGUCCAUAUUGUCCUCCAAUCUCUCACCUAGUAACCUUUCAUACGCUUCUGGCACAACUUCCAAGGUAUCUCUGAACAAUCCGAAGCUCCUCCAGAUGGUCGAGGACACUGUUCGCCGUCUGAUUCUGCCUGAAAUCACCCAAUUGAAGAACGAACAGCGUCGUUCCUCGCAAGGCUCUUACUCCGACGAUGAGCUAGAUCAGCGUCGUUCCAAAUCAACAAGCUCACCCUCACGUUCCAGUAAGCCGAAGGUCGUGCUGAAUCGGUACGAACAUGACCCCGGCGAGAUACUCUCCCGAGGAGACUCUGAGCGUCGCGAGAAGUCUCGUCGAUCUAGCCGCACAGAAUCCGAGCGCCCUCACCGUGAGCGACGUUCUUCUCGUGCCUCCACCCGAGAACGAGAAGAGUCUUUACACAGUAGAUCAACCAAGGACAAAGAGUCUCACUCUGUCAAGGAAGCUGCUGCUGCUGGUAUCGCCGGCGGUGUUCUUACUGCCGCGGCCCUUCGUCAUCAUGACUCUCAGGACACCAUCAGCCGUGAGCGGCGUAAGAAACGCAAAGCCAAGGGAAGUCGCAGUGAUUCUACAAGUCUAGCUGAAACCGAGAAGACCUAUCGUAAGGAGGACAUCCCUCCUAUGCCUUGGACCGGUGCGUCGGCCAUGAAUGACUCCGAAGUUACCCGUCAAUCUAUCCUCAGUGCCUCAACAGUGCAACCUCAUUCUGCUUCGAUCACGCCACACCAGACUCCAGUCCGUGAGGUCCUGCCGGGCUCGCUUCGUGGUUCCCUAUCGCCAGCAUCCACCACUCCUAAAGCCAAAGGAGCUCGUUCGCCGCGUUCAUUGGAAUCCUAUCAGAGCAGGCAUUCUCUGACGGAAGAACACUCCGCUAACGUUCAAUCCAUCUCAACUAAAGCAAAGAUGGCAGCGUUGGUAGCAGCUGGUUUGGGUGCCGUUGGGACCGCUCAUGAGUCUGCCAAACACGAAUCAAGCCCUACGCAGAGCGUGUCUACUACGAAGGACAGUCCCACUGAUCCUUUAGUACCUCAUGGGUUACGACCUCAUAGUCGAGUUUCAGAGUUGUCCGCUGGAUUCGAGGAACGACAACGACACGCCAUGUCUCCCGUUUCAGCCCCUCAUUCCCCCAAUGCUCAAAGGAAGAGCUUCGACCUCACGAGAGCAUCACAUUCGCCCGCACAACUCUAUGAUGAGGCCGAGGAACGUAGCGAGCUAGAAGAGUGGUUUCAACAAGAGCAUGAGAAAAACGAGCAGUACCGCAAAUCUCUCGCCGACACCAGCACCAUCCCGGAAUCCUUUGAUGAGCGUCGGUCGACUCAGUACACGGAAGGGAGCUACCUUUCGAGCAAUCAAAGCCCCGAGCGUGACGUCAAGGGAGUUGCUGCAACUCCAAAGUACACCCAUAUGCCAUAUGGCGUUGAGUCAGCCGUCGCUUCGCUGAUCGAUCCUUCUACAGUCAGUACCAGCCUUCAAUCAUCACAGGCUAGCCCGGCCAUCUUUGAGGACGUUCGUCACCACGAAAGUGUGGAUGAAAACAUGCGCGAGGAACUCCAACAGUCAGCAGCACACCAGAGCGUAGAGGCAAAGAAUCAGUAUACAACCCAAAGCCGGUGGAGUGCAUUGCGUGAGAAUGCUUUGGCUCUAUCAAGCCGUGGCUCCUCUGCUCAAGCUUCAAAUUCCCCACGCCAGAGCGAGACUUUCCACGAGGAACGCACGCACGUGGACUCUCCCCCUGUCCGCUUAAGCGCGCAUGGCAUUCCAGAUGUCAACGAUCCCUUGCCCGAAAUUGGACACGGACUUGACUCUGAGUCUGACCUGAGUACAAAUCCGCCAGAAAUUCAAGGUCCUGGUCGAGGUGAUGGACACUUCGGAUUUCUUCCUUCGUUCUCACACAGUCCUGACGGAGAAGCUGUGCGACACGAUAGUAUCUCGGAGCACAAUUUUUCGAUGAACGACAAAGUCAAAGUUGGAGCUGGUAUCGCCGCUGGCGCUUUUGCUGCAGACAAGCUUCUAAAUCGACACAGCUCCGACAAGAAUCUUUCAGCAAAUCAAGCAGUGAUCGAAGACUAUGCUUCUCGCGAGACAACUCCAGAUGUGCGUCAAGCUCAAGCUAUACACGUGGGACGUGCAGGAACAACCUCUCCUCAAGCUCAAUUUGGCGACGAGGGAUAUGCGUCCGCCGCCUACGCUCGUUCUAACGGGGCCUCUACUCCCAGAGCUCACAAGACACACGCGAAGACCCAACUGGAAAGAUAUGACGUCGAGACAGCACAGGAAGAUGCAUUUGUCGAAAAGCACAGCCGCCACUUGAGUGGCAACUCUCAUGGCAUGUCUUCUCCACUCUAUGACAGUGCUACUGGCAGAGGAAUCGACACGAUCCAAUCCAAAGAUGUAGUUGCGUUGAUGGACCACCUUACAGUCCGAGACGCGCAUCGCAACGCAAGGGAUACUGAAAUCCUCGUUACGCUGGUGCGUAGUGCUGCGGAGAUGCGUCACGAGUUCGAGGAGAUGAAAAGAUUUAUUGCCGAACAGGAUCGCAAGAUCAUGGACAAUACAGAUCGCGAUGCCGAGUACACGGUCAAGAAAGUGCUCGGUGGCCCUCGACCUCAACCCGCUGCUCAGCCGCGAACAGUCCAUGGCACCUACAACGAGGAAGAUUUGCCCACGAAACGCAAAAAUGUCUUCAAACGUGCGCUCAAAGGGCUGAGCAAGAGAGGCUCAAAUGAUUUGUCCAAAAUCGAGGACAUGCUGAACCAGAUACUCGGAGACGUAGAAGAUCUUAAGCUCACGCAAGGCGACCGACCACCUAUGUCGCUCCGUGGUAGCAGCUUUGACUCGUACGAAGAUCGGACUCAUUACGGACGUGACUCUGGAUACGAACCUGAGGGGCAAGCCGGUACUUCGUCAACUCCCAAUCACUCCGGUCGUCUGUCUAAUCAUUCCGGCAAUGCUUCGUUUCCUUCUCCCAAAGAGAAUGCGACUUCGCCACAAGAGAGGUACUUCCACUCCGGUUACAACGGUCGAAGAGACUCAAUCAAUCGUGUCAGUACAGUCCUGGAAGAAGAGAGCAACGAUGGCAGAUCUUUCAUAGAGCAGCAUGAGACUCACGUUCUUGACAAUCAGUUCGAGAACAAUGAAAGGCUCCUCACUCCGACGCAGGAGUCUUUCAAUCGCAGAUCAGGUUCUUUCGAACCUGCUGCGACUCCAGUGCGGCAACGGCACAGUCCCUCCGAUUUUCAAGCUGACGCAGGUACUCCUGAGAAGCAGCGCAAGCAAUCUGUUUUUGGCAUUCCCAAGAUUUCCCGCUGGUCCAAGACGACAACAUCCUCGUAUCCCGAGAACUCGGAUAUCAACGGAAAACGCCGAAGCCAGUACACCAAUGCUUCUAACAGUGGCGAGAGUCUGAGUUCUAAUGGAGGGGGCUACUAUGGCAACGGCUACGCGCUGCAGUCUGAAGAUCGCCUUCGCUCUACUCAGUCGCUAGCGAAAGACCAGGCAGUGAGAGAACACAUGCCUGAUAACAGAAGCGUACGUAGCGGACUGAGUGACAUGACACGAAGUGAUAUGACACGAACACCUUCACCGCUCAUCCCUUCCGAGACGGGCUCUCAACUUGACAACAUCCCUAUCAUCCUUCCAGAUGACGACGAGGUAGCCGAUUACGACGACCCCAAAUACUCGGCACACCGUGAUUCCUUGUUAUUGCAGCACCCUCAGCCCCGACAGGGACCUACGCAUCGCCACCAGACAAAUCUUGAGAAGGAAGCCCGGACAUACAGUGGUCCAGAUCACUUUGAGACAGCAACAAGCAGUGAUCUUUCUCAGCGCACUGUGGACAGCGAUUUUGAUCCUCUGCAAUGGGGAUCGAACCCUUCACUCUCUCUAGCAAGGACUAACAAGCUCAGCGGGAUUCCUCCUGGCAAGAACAAUGGCCCUCUGGUCCCCGAGAGCGAACAGAAGCCUGCACCGAGAGUUGAGGUCGAGCCACCAAAGGAGCAGCGACAGCAGGCACCGCAGAAGCCUCGCCAGAUGUACUACUCGACCCCGCUUGGUUCGGGACACCUUCUCGAGCCUAUCGAAGAAGUAAGAUACUCGCUGGAAACUGAUCGUGGACAUCGUUCACCCGAGCCAACAGCAAGUCCCAGGGUAUCCACUCAGCUUAGUCCUACUCGUAAAAUUACCGGACCGAGACCCAUGGGUUCGCGCGCGCCCAGCGGUGCUAAGGAAGAGGCUCAACAGGAGCAACUCUCGGGUACUGUAAGAAGGAAGCCAGUGCCUUUAAGCAAGAGUUAUGGUUCGUGA